CUUCCGUUUGCUACACCGCCUAAACUUCAAUUUCCGGUUGACACAGACCCUGGCGGAGCGCUGUUGUGUAGCGCGAGGAGGAGGGCUGCCAUUUUGAUCUCAACGGUUUGGGAGAGAAGCGCCGAGGGGAGCUCCACUCACACAAACACACACACCCAACAGAGGACGCUCUAAGCGGGAAGGAGGACGGAUUCAGCGAGAAGGAGGACGGUUUCAUCGGGAAGAAGGACGGUUUCAGCGGAAAGAUGCUGUCCGCUGCGCAGCUGCUCGACGAGUUGAUGGGCCGCGACCGGAACCUGGCGCCCGACGAAAAGCGAUGCAACGUCCGCUGGGACCACGAGACCGUGUGUCGGUACUACCUCUGUGGCUUCUGUCCAGCGGAGCUCUUCACCAACACACGGUCAGACCUGGGACCUUGUGAGAAAAUCCACGAUGAAAAUUUACGGAAAACGUACGAGAAGAGCUCCCGCUUCAUGAAGGAGGGGUACGAGCGAGACUUCCUGCGCUACCUGCAGUCCCUGCUGGCGGAGGUGGAGCGGCGGAUCCGGAGGGGCCACGCGCGGCUGGCCCUGUCCCAGGCCCAGCAGAACGCAGGGGGUCCUGGUCCUGCUGGGAAGAACGACGAGAAGUCGACGGUCCUGACGGAGAAAAUCGAGGACCUUGUUCUUCAGAUCGAGGAGCUGGGCUCGGAGGGCCGGGUGGAGGAGGCGCAGGGCAUGAUGAAGCUGGUGGAGCAGCUGAAGGAGGAGCGAGAGAUGAUUAGCGCCAACCCCUCGACCAUCGAGAGCUUCGCUGCUCAGGAGAAGCAGAUGGAGGUGUGCGAGGUAUGCGGUGCCUUCCUCAUCGUGGGCGACGCCCAGUCCAGGGUGGACGACCAUCUGAUGGGAAAGCAGCACAUGGGCUACGCUAAGAUCAAGACCACUGUGGAAGAACUCAAGGAGAAGCUCCGGCGCCGCUCGGAGGAGCCUGCCGGAGACGCCUCGCCCGUCAAGAAGGACCGCGAGGCAUGGGAGCGGGAGAGGGAGGAGCGGGAGAAGAGGAGGAAGGAGGAGGAGGAGAAGGAAAAGGAAAAGGAGAAAGAGCGCGAGAGGGAGAAGGAGCGGGAGCGCGAAAAGGAGAAAGAGAAGGAGCGCGAGAGAGACCGGGAGCGCGAGAGGGAGCGGGAGCGGGAGAGACGAGUGAGGCGCAGCGCCUCCAACAGCCGCCACUCCAGUCGUGCCUCGGACCGCAAGCGGAGCCGAUCCCGGGAGAGGAGGCGGUCCCGCAGCAGGGACCGCGAUCGCAGACGGAGCAGGAGCCGGGACAAGGAACGCCGCCGCAGCAGCCGUGACCGCCCCGAAAAGAAAAGGCGCUCACGCAGCCGUGAGAGGAAGAGAUCCCGCAGCCCCGAGCGCAAGUCCCACCGCCACCGCAGCCGUAGCCGAGACAAGGAGAGGGAGAAGGAGAGGGAGAAGGACAGGGACAAGGAGCGCGACAAGGACAAGGAGCGCGACAAGGACAGGGACAAGGGACGGGAGAAGGACAAGGGGCGCUCGUCCAGAGACAAAGGUGCGCUUCACGACCGUAAGGACACGGAGGAGAAGAGGAGCAGCAGUGGCUCGGUAAAAGACAAGCCGUCUGAUGGCAACGGAACGGCGGCCCCCCAGGCCUCCUCCGACGCAGAGCCCAUGGAGAGCGAGCCCGCACCCCCCGCCUCCUCUCCCAAGCUAAACGGCCAGCAAGAGCUCCUCCAUUCUGAAGGUGACACUCAGUCCAAUUAAAACUGAUCUGAUAGGACCUCAGAUCAGACUCAGGAGAAGCCGGGACUUCGUAGAGGAAGAUCUGGAAGAGCCCCGCCUUCAGUGAAUCUGACGCUGCUUAAAAAUAAGGUGAACCACAGAUUAGUGGCUUAUUUAAAACGGAGAACUAGGAACGGAAUUGUUUUUAAUUGUGAAGUGUGGAGAGGAGAAGGUUCCCUUGUUUUUCUUCAUUGUUUUCCUGGAGAUCUUUUUGUUUGGUGGGAGUGGUUAAACGGUUCAUAUGCAAAGUGUUUACACACUUAACCAAAAUGCAGAUUUUGAAAAUCCCACUAUUGCUUUUUCGGACUUUCUCUACCGUUCUUAUGUGUUGGCAUUUAGCACAGUUCUUUUCACCGCUAGAAGUGUGUCUUGGCCGGGGGUCUGUCCUCCACCUCGCUCGUUUGUGUUCCUCAUCCACCUGAUUGAAGCGUAUGUACAAUGCUAGACUGUUGUUAGGUCCUGUCUGUUCCCUUACAAAUGAGGGACUUGGGUCACCUUGUAAACAAAAAAGAAAAUGCAUUUUGAUCAAAACAUUUCAACGACCGAAAGUUUUGUUGAUUUUAAUGCUUGUAUGUCUUGAUGAAUAAAAAGAGCUAAGGUUUUCUUGCGUUGUGUUCUUUGUGUUUCCUGGUUUCAAACAUUGUGACACAUGCAUUUUGAUUAAGAUUAGGACCAGAAAGAUGUUCAACACACACGCGACCAGAACUACGCGAACAUCACUCUUGACAAAUUCAAGUGCGGAGCUCAAUGGUCACUUAAUAAAUUGCAUGCCAGGCCAGCAAUUUAAGUGUGCUGAUAUUGGAUAUGUAGAACAUUUUUAGGUAAAGAAAUCUAGCUAAUUUCAAUGAUAAAACCAGUUCUGGAUUGAAGUUGACCACUCAUAAUUUCGAUAUGCUGGCGUUUGUCAGCAGCAGUGAGAUUGAGUGUCCUUCCAGACUGAAGCCAUCAAGUUUCUACACUACAUGUAGUGUAGGAAUAGGUGUCAUAACUGGAAGAGAACGGCAUUAACAAGUAGAUGUCAUAACUGGAGAGAACGGCAUUAACAUGUAGUGUAGGUAUAGGUGUCAUAACUGGAGGAGAACGGCAUUAACGUGGAGUAUAGGUGUCAUUACUGGAAGAGAACGGCAUUAACAUUGUUGGGUACGAAUGCCAGCGCAUGUUUGCACCGCCAGCCUUGGUGGAUCCUUUGCCCAGCUGGGUCCAGUGCCCUUACGUUUGGCUCAUGAUUGGUUUUGGGCCUCCAGCAGGUAGCAUCACACGGCAGGGCCCUGGGGUCCGGGACCAGUGGCAUCAGAGAUGAGGAUAUCAGUCGAUUACACGAUUGAUGCUCAGAGGGCUAGUUUGAAAAUAGCUUUGGAUUAAGGUAAACCGUACUUUUAUUUUAUUAAGGUAAGGAAUAUUUGUUGACAUAUAGGAGUGAAGUUUUGCGUUUAUUGUUGGCUAUUACCUCGGAAGGUCAGAUGAACAUUCAGUUGUGCAGUUUGAAUUCGAGGCAGCAGGUGGCAGCAUGUUCACUUUCUUGAAUGUCUCCUGACUAUAGUAGCAAAGCAGAUCUUUCCGGAACAGCUUUUCUUCAUGAAUACCAACACACCAGAAGCUAACUGUACAGUAACUGCUCUACCUUAAAUCCCAGAGUAAUGUGUUAUCCACACAGCACAUUUUUCCCCUGAGUGGCAGUGGCCUGCUGAGGUGAAGGAAAACCAAAUGGCAAGCCAGUGAAUCAUGGUGGGAAGAGUAAAUGAGAUAAACUGAUACAGUGCAACAGAGACUCCGGCUUAGGUUUAACAGAUAAUGGAGAUAAAGUGUCCUCUAUCUUCCCCAACACACACAGACACAAACAAAAACGUUUGGCCAGCCAAACGUGAUGGGUUUGAGGUGGGAUGGGUGCCCAGCGUGAACAGAGCGAGGAUUUGAGUUGACAUGUGGUCAGACGUUGGUCUCUGAGCCCCCCAACCUCCCCAGCACCUAAUGUGACUGGCUGGUGAUCUGCUUGUUUGACAAAGCGGGCGCUCUUGCAACAGAGGACAGCUUCUGGCCGGUCACCUUCACCUCGCUGAGAGACCGUCAGAGGGGAGGGUGUUGGUCUCACCCUCCCCCUGCUGAGAGACCGUCAGAGGAGAGGGUAUUGGUCUCACCCUCCCCUCGCUGAGAGACCGUCAGAUGGGGUAGGUUUGGUCUCAUGGGACUGCGGUGUGGGGAGCGUGGUGUUCCACUCCUCUGGAUACCCCUGCUGCAAUGCCUUGCUCCACAAAACUACAGCAGCUUUUCAUUGAACAUCUCCUGGUGGAUCUAACUCCACCCAUAGGUGGCGUUAGGGUCAACCCUAAGUUGAUCACAGCAGCCCUGCAAUGCCCUAUAAAGGUCUCCGCUCAGCUUCUCAUGACAGGUAGGCCUUCUGGUCCAAAAGGCAUGAUAGUAAGGCUCAUCCAUGGCUGGACUCACAAGCUGCUGCUGUCCUUGCAGUGGGUCGAUGGAUGGAUUAUCUUUAAGUAUGUACAGGCAGUAAGGAGACAGAGAAGAGAUCAUCAGGCAGAAAUGAGUGGUUGGAAGUAAAGUAACCAGAAACUCUUAGGCUAGGAGUGUCCUUGUUAUGUGAGGUGGGGUGGCCUUUAAAAAGAGGGAUAGACCAUUGGCCAGUUUUAGUCAGGUGACCUCCUGGCCGGAAUCUUGGCGGUCCUGCUUUAACCACCAUGAUUGUUUUUGCAACCUUCCGAUGGCUGAGGCUGCGUUCCCCUGGAGGCGGCUGGUGUUGAGACCGAUUCUCUCCAGUAUCGUGUAUCGGGGGUAAAGAACCCCAUGGGCCAAUGGGAGAUCUCUCUCCUCCUCUUACUCACCCGUUCACUCGCUCAACCCUUCACUCAGCAGAUGGCAUCGACCACAGGAACCAGGCUUCACGUCGACUCUCUCAGCAACUAGGAGCUCUCUCUCUCUCUAUCUCUCUCUCUCUCUCUCUCUCU